GAUAAGUAUAAUGCAGAGGUGGAGAUAGAGAAGAAAUGUAAUGAAGAAAAACCUAAGUUUCCCUCCAAAAUGCAAAAUAGAGGGAUUCUGGAUUGAACUUUGAAGUUGAAUCGUUCGUUAUCAUCAAUCAAUUUAAUGUCAACGAAACAGAAACAUCUCUUCUUAAAAUCUCCAAAUCUUAAAUUUUGUCCGGUCGCUCACUCACACUCACUCCCCCGUCGGUUACGAAUUGCUGAUAUUCUUCUUGCCGACCAAGAUCACGACGGCGUCGAUUGCAUGGACGCCUUCCGAGAAACGUCGUCGAAGAAGUGCUUUUCGCCUCUCAGACUCGUUGAGUCGUUGCUGGCGCCACUGAGGCCGGCCAAGGGGGUUCGACUUCAGCAACGACGGCAGAACGAGACCGGUGAUUUGCACGCGGCGCCGUCGCCGACGAAUGAACUCAAAGGAAGCGAUGAUUCUAUUGCGAACCCUGCAGGACAGUUACAUGAGAGUGAUACAUCUUUUAAGGUAGGAGUUGGUUGUGGCUUGUUGUAUCUCCUUGCAGCAAGUAAAAAUGAGCUAGGUAAGAUGGUUGAGCUGCGGAAAGAAAUGGAGCUGCUCCUUCAAAAUAUGAAAGGUGAACUACAGCGUAAAGAUGCGCUUCUUAAGCCAUUGAAACAAAAUGACGCUCUUGCCCUUUCCAUAACUGAUAUUCAAGAAGUUUCCAGCUCCGAUAGACACAUUUCUAUUCAUUCACAAACACAGUAUGUUCAACCAGAGUCAAAACGAAAUAUGGUUCCCAAUAACUUUCUAGAAUAUAACAUAAGUAUAAGUGAACAAGGUGAAUGUGCAGAAGAAAUAAAUGAUCUCCAGGCAGAAUUUGAAAUUGAGUUACAGAGGUUGCAGCUGUAUUUAGAUGGAGAAACUGAAUUCGAAGAUGCAAAGCACGAGGGAGUCAAGAUUACUGUUAAGGACUGUAGUUCAAAAAGCAGCCGUAGUUCAAGUUUUGGUGAAAUAACAAUGGAACCUAUAGGAGCAAGUUAUGACGUAUCAUUUGGAGUUUCUCCAAUUGAACUGGAGAGAAGGUUGCAUGAACUGCUUGAAGCAAGACUGGAAGAACGGAUAACAGAGCUGGAGUAUGGGUUAGAAUGUACCACACAAAAGCUUAUGAAGAAAGAGAUAGAGGCUACUUGGUGGAAAGACACCGCACGGCUUCUCUCACAACACGUUCCAGAAACUUCUCGGUUUACUUUUCCACUUGAUCCUGAGAUUGCUGUAAAUUUGAGUAAAUUUGUAGGAUAGUUUGUAUCAGUGUGCAGUCAAUUAAGCAACCAUUAUAUUGUUGAAUAGUACAAUUUAAUCACCCACUGUUAUAUGUAUAUACGUCUCUCUUUUGUCUUCAAAA